CACACACACACACACACACACACACAUACAUGCAUGCACACACCGGUACCGGGUUGCAGCAGGCGUGCAGACAGCAGCUGGACGCGGACUGAAGCUUUUCUCACCGUUUAUUUUAGUCUUUCUUUGACAUGUUUAAAAAGCGGAUUAAUCCUCAAACUGUGUGACUGAUUUUAACCGUGAAGAUGUUGACAGACAUGAUUGUGGAGCAAGAAUUUGAGAUCAAGGAGGAGGAACCGUGGUACGACAAGCAAGACCUUGAACAUGACCUACAGCUGGCAGCCGAGCUCGGGAAGACUCUUCUGGAGCGAAACAGGGAGCUGGAGCAAGGGCUGCAGCAGAUGUACUCCACCAACCAGGAACAACUGCAGGAAAUUGAGUACCUGACGAAGCAGGUGGACCUCCUCAGGCAGGUCAACGACCAGCACGCUAAAGUGUACGAGCAGCUGGACGUGUCGGCCCGAGAGCUGGAGCACAGCAACCAAAAACUUGUUCUGGACAACAGGGCGGCGCAGCAGAAGAUCCAGGGGCUGACGGAGACGGUGGAGCUGCUGCAGACGCAGGUGGAGGAGCUGCAGCAUCAGGUGGAAGAGCUGAAGCUCAGUCCUUCUCCGCCUCGGAAGCCUCCACACCGAGAGAAGUGGCCACCUCGCAGCACUCAGAGUGUGUCCUGCCUGAAAGAGCUGCAAAACACACUCAGGUACGACUACGACGAACCCUCAGAUGGCCUUGAGUCUUUGGACAUGUCGUGGCACGAGGAGGAGCAGGCUUCGCUACGACAAUCGCUCCGCAGCCUCCAGACUCAGUUCGCCAGUGAGCGCGCUCGGAGGGAGGAGUCGGAGCGAGAGGCCGAGCUGCUCGCCCGUGAAAAUGCAGCGCUGGAGCAGCAGCUGGCGGGGAUGGAGGGCUGCCAGGCCAGAGCGGCUGAGCUGGAGCGUGAGGCCGAGGAGCUUCGUCAGCUCUGGAAAUCCGAUUCCUCCACGAGAUCCAUCAACCCGCACGUCCUCCACAGCCUGCUGCCCAACUCGGUGUUCCUCAGCCCCGAGGAGGAGAACGAGGGGGAUGCAGCUGCCGCGAAAAGCCCCUGGGUCCGGAGGCGCUCGGACAGCGAGCGGCUGAUGAAGGCCACGCAGGUGCCCGACUCUCCCGACAGGAUCUACGACCACGAGUGCUCCUGCGUACGCCGAGCCGAGGUGGUGAAGUAUCGCGGCAUCUCGCUGCUCAACGAGGUCGACGCUCAGUACAGUGCCUUGCAGGUGAAGUACGACGAGCUGCUGCGGCGCUGCCACCUAGGGCCGCAAGAGGAGAAGGAGGAGGAGGAGGAGGAGCAGGAUGGGCCCACCCACAAGUCGGACCAGACUGCCUCUAUGGCCGCCACUGCUCUGACAGACAUGGAGGACUUUGAGGAGGACUUUCACCAGCCGGAGUAUAAGGAACUUUUUAGGGAAAUCUUCUCCCGCAUUCAGAAAACCAAAGAGGACCUGAUUGAAAACCGAGGGCGACUCUCAGCUGGUGAAGUGCUGCCUAUUUUGCAUUAGUAGCUUCUCAAAAAAAAAAAAAAAAAAAAA